UAUCGCAUUAGUCACUGCCGGUAUUAUGGCUCUUGGAGCAGGUGAGAUAAAAAUCGAACUUGCUGAGAGCUACUUGUGUAGGUCGUAAUAAACACUUUGCACGAGAGGACGUCGUGAUUUACUGAUUUGGGGAUAAUUCGGUGAGAAAAUGAGCGUUUGUUGUUCUGACGCCGCUGUUCAGGUGGAACCGGUUUCCGACAGCAAGUCAGGAGGGAAAAUGAAGACAUUCACUUCGCAUAUCUCAGUGAGACCAACCUUUCUGCUGCAAGUUCUUGACACCACUUCCGGGAGCCCAGGAAGGUCACUUCCGGUCACUCUUUACGAGCAGACGACAAAGAAGGGAUGGGAGGUAGCGGAAGAAGGAUGUACCCUGGAUGAUGGACAAAUGAAGCUGCUGAAGGGUCGGAGCUUGACCCCGGGGGGUCGCUACAAACUUCAUCUCGACACCGGAAGCUAUUUCUCACAGAAAGGGGGACAACCAAUUUGUCCUUUCAUUGAGCUGGGCCUACAGACUCCACCCGACUGCCAGAACCUUCAUGUGUCCGUCCAUAUUGGUCUCCAUGGUUACACCACGUAUAUCGGAACGUAGUCAAAUACAGGGAUGUGGCAGCUGAUGUAUAUACCUACCCAUAAUGUAGAUGUCGAUAUACCCUUGUAAAUUCUCACUGCCAAAUGUACACGCAAAGGGUUGCGUGGUAUGAAACUUAACGUAUCUCAGAAAUUGUCCUCGGAAGCUGAUUUUGUACUAAAUGUUUUUUUAAUAAAUCAAAUGUGUCAAAUGAAA